AUGAAUUCAGGCUACAGCAGCCUGAGCACCAAACUGAUUAUAAGGAAUUCAUCUCCCCCCAAAGAAGAUGAAUCCAAAUCUCGAUUCCGUAAAGUAUCCUUGAUCAGUGAGACCGGCAUCACUAAGGACAGCCAGGAUACAGUGGACUUCAGCAAAACUAGCACCACUGAGGACAGCCAGGAUACAGUGGACUUCAGCAGAACAAGCACCACUGUCACUGAAUCAAAUGGAACAGAUAUCGACUACAAGUACAAAUGGAGAAAUAGAUUUGAGGGGGUUAGUCAGUAUAAACCACACAAAACUGAGGAUUUCUCCUUUUCUGAUUCUCCAAGUUACUUAUUGUCUGACACCUACACCAGUACCUCCUCCUUCUCUUCCUCCUCCUCCUCCUCCUCCACCUCCUCUGCUCUCCCCAAUGCCUCCUCAUACGAAUAUCUCAGCAAUGCCCCCUCCUUCUCCUUCUCCUCCCCCUCAGAGAAACACAUUAGUCUUGGCAACAGGCUGAGUGACAUGACCAAAGUUAAUCUGAGCUAUGAGAGCGAGCCAGCAGAAGCACCAAGAGAUGAGUGGAGGAGGAGUUUAGUGGAGCAGGAGGAGCCUGCUGCACCUGCAGGUGAAAGAGAGGGACAGAGAGAGGGAGAGGCAGAGUCAGAGUGGAUAAAGUCACGCUGGGACUCACAUCAGCUCCCUGUGUCCGGCUUCUCUUCUGCACAACAAAGCAGCCUAGACGUCACUGACAAUUUCAGAGAAGACGACGACGACUCAUCCCUUUUUACUGGAGUUUUCCAGGCCACACUUGUGGAGCUGGUCUCCGAACCUGCAGCUCCACCCUCGACCCCCCCUUCCUCCCCUGACGCAGAAUCUCCUUAUCAGUCCGAAAUGGAUAGCCUGGUGGAUACCCUGAAAAACAUGGGACCUUCCUUCAGGCCCAGGAACGUGGGCAUACGUGGGCCUGCUCCAGUCCUCAUGUCCUCCCUGCCACCAAUUGUCGAGGAUGCUCCAAGCCCUGUCACCCCUGACAUUCCUGCGCCUGCAACCGAGCCCACAACAAAGGUGGAAGCACUAAGCAACCCUGCUGAGUCCCUCAAAGGACUUUAUACUCUGCCUGCUGAUUUGGGACUGAAGAAAACCACCCAAAGAGACACUCGGUCACCACUGCAGCUGAUGAAGCAGAGCCAGCAGCAGGACCCGCAGCAGCCUGGAAGAGGCCUGAACUUGCCCCUGAGAGCAUCAAAUACCAACAGUAUAGUAAUGAGAAAAUCCUCUGACUCUUCUCCUGAGGAAAUAAAAUCGCCAGUGCUGAAUGGAAACGGACUGCUUCCAUCUUCUGGCACUGGUUCUCGCCUUGACCACAGCGUCAUCUUUGGAAGCCACAGGUCAGCAUCCAUUGAUCAGACUUUAGAAAAUGGAAAGGCCCAUCGCCAGCUCUACCGCACUGGCUCACUACCUGAAACGGGGCCUUCGAAGGAUCGCAUAAGUGUGGGACUGAAGGAACUUGGCGAAGUUAACACAGGAACAGAACAAGCGGGAUCCCGCUUUGAACGUCUCUCCUUCCUUUUGAACUCCUCAUCCUCCUCCUCGGGCUCCUUGACCGGGGUUGACGACUCCAACGCUCGAAUGAGUCGGCCUCCACUGAUGGGCAUCGGCUCCCCGCCCUCCAGCAACAGUCCCACCCGCCUUCUCAGCCCAACCGGCCUUCGCAGCCCAACCGGCCUUCGCAGCCCCACCGGCAUUCGCAGCCCCACCGGCUCCAUAGACCUCCAGAGGCCAUUCACCACCACAGACUCUCCCUUAUCUGUGUUUGGCCAGACACAGGGAAUGGGGGCAGGAAUGGGGACAGGAAUGGGGACAGGAAUGGGGAUGGGGAUGGGGAUGGGGAUGGGGAUGGGGAUGGGGAUGGGGAUGGGGAUGGGUGUAGGUACUGGAGUACUGGGCACUCCCAUCCUGCAGAGGAGCUUCAGUAAUGAGGGCACUGCAGGAGUCCAGCAGACUUCAUUGUUCAACAGUAUGCACGGAGGGCCUCAGUUCCAGAGCCAAGAACUUGAGUCUGAGAGGAAUUUAAUUUCCAAAUACAGAGCCUUCCCUGAUGCUUAUCUCACUAAAGAGAAGGAACAUGGGAAGCUCAAUCCUCGUCCAGGAAAGAUGUAUAUCUUUGACCGACCAGGGAUGUGCGGGCAGAGGAUCGAAGUGCGUGGUGAUAUCACCGAUGCCACGCCCUGGGAGCUGCAGGAGACCAUCUCCAUCAGAGUCAUCAGAGGAGGAUGGGUGCUGUAUGAGAAGCCUAACUUCAAAGGGGAGAAGAUCGCUCUGGAUGAGGGAGACAUAGAGCUCACCUACCCCUUCAACCCCCCAGAGGAGGAGCUGCAGAACGGACAGGGGGGCAGGGAGCAGAACGGGGAGCAGAAUGGAGAAACAAGUGAUGAGAAGACAGAAACCAAACCAGCCAGGAAGUUCAUCAUCGGCUCUGUUCGGAGAGCUGUUAGAGACUACAGCGUCCCAGAAAUCAGUCUUUUCCCAGAAGAGAACGCAGAAGGAAAGAAGGUCAUCUUCAGAGACACGUCAGAAGAUGCCAGGAUUUUUGGCUUUCCCAUCAAGGCUAACUCCAUCAUCAUUAACGCUGGACUAUGGCUCGUGUACGCACAUCCCUUCUUCCAGGGUAUACCACGUGUCCUGGAGGUGGGGGGUUACUCCAACCCUGCGGCCUGGGGAGUGGAACAGCCCUAUGUGGGGUCACUACAUCCACUUAAAGUAGGUGAACCAAGAGUGGAAAAUAUGAGUGAACCAAAGAUGGUGAUCUACGACAAGCCGUACUUCUCUGGGAAAUCGAGAACCAUAACCACAAACAUGAGAGACUUCAUGACCAGAGCAGACCAGCAGCAGACAGCCUUUAUGUACAAUGUCGGCUCCCUUAAAGUACAGGGAGGAAUCUGGGUGGGCUACGAGAAGGAGGGCUUCCGAGGCCACCAGUACCUGCUGGAGGAGGGAGAGUACCAUGACUGGAGGGUGUGGGGAGGGAAGGAUGCCGAGCUGCGCUCCACUAGAGUCAUACGAGCAGACCUCACAGACCCGGUGAUGAUCAUGUUCGAACAGCCAGAAGAGGAUCAGGAGGGCAUGCAGGAGGAGAACAGCUUCGAGGUGACGGAGGCCAUUCCUGAUGUUGAGCUGUUUGAGUACAAAACCUCCACACGCUCCAUCCACGUACUCAGCGGGGCAUGGAUAGCCUACUCCCAUGUGGACUUCUCUGGUAACCAGUACAUCUUAGAGAAAGGUUUCUAUAAUAACUGUGCUGACUGGGGUUCUCAGGACACUCGCAUCUGCUCAGUGCAACCCAUCCUAAUGGCUCCAAGUGACGACUCGAGUACCAGGAAUCAGAUCAUACUGUACACUCAGCCAGGCUUCCAAGGCGAGUGUCACGUCUUUGAUCGUAACCAGGAAGAGUUGUCAGAAAAAACACUGACCAAGUCCUGCCGAGUGUCAGGGGGAAGCUGGGUGCUCUACGAGAAUAAGCAGUAUUCUGGAAACUUGUAUGUCUUAUCUGAAGGAGACUACCCUAAUUUAACCAGCAUGGGAUGUCCACCCAACUGCAGCAUCCGUUCUGUCAAGGUCGUGCCGACGACAUUCUCAGUUCCUUCCAUCUCUCUGUUUGGCCUUGAAUGUCUGGAGGGCAGAGAGAUCACCAUGGACACUGAGAUCCACAGCAUGGUUGAAGAGGGCUUCAACAACCACAUUCUGUCCGUCAGAGUCAACAGAGGCUGUUGGGUGAUAUGUGAACACACCAACUACAGGGGGCGCCAAUUCCUACUGGGACCAAUUGAAAUUACAAAUUGGCCGAAGUUUAGCUCCCUACAGACGAUUGGCUCAAUGUUCCCAGUCAGACAGAAGCGCCGAUAUUUACGCAUCAAGAACAAAGAGAGAGGUCACUACUUGUCCGUCCAGGGUGGCGCGGAGGAGUUGAAAUCAGGACGAGUGGUGGUGACAGCUGAAGUGGAACCAAUGAGUGACAUCUGGUUCUAUCACGACGGCUUGAUCAAGAGCAAGAUGUCCCCAAACAUGAGCCUUCAGGUGAUGGGCAACGUAGAGCCAGGAUCGAAGGUGGUUUUGUGGGCAGAGACCCGACAGCCUAUCCAGACCUGGACGGCCCAGCUGAGAGGCCUCAUCACCAGCCUUACUUUCCCUGGCUGCGUUUUGGAUGUCAAAGGUGGCAAAACCUACGACAAAGACCAUGUGGUGAUUAUGCCAGAGAGUGAUGAGAGGCCAAGCCAACACUGGGAGAUAGAGAUGCUGUAAUCUGCUGUAAAAACCUCAUGUUUCUCUUCGUUAAGCUUCCUUUAGCGACCCAUCAACAGUGCUUCUCUCGACAUGUCCACAAUAUCCCAUUAGUGGUCUUGGAGCUGCUGGCACUGCUUCUUUCCUUUUAUUCAAACUCCAUGAUUCAUGUAGCUAGUAUGAACAUUGGGAAAGCAAGAAUGCAAUUUAGCCCUGAAAAGCUGCACCAGGCAGCUAAGUGCUUUGCAGAGAUUUGUGUUUGUACUGUCAUGAAAUAAUACCAUUUUCUCCAAGUCAAAUAAUGAUUUUCUGUCUACAAAAAAAGAAAACGAAGUGCCUCGACCUGGUGCAGUGACUGGGUUCAUUACACGAGUUGGGAAGCAAGAAGAAUUGUAUUUUUGUACUGAACUACUGAGUACAAGCCCAGUAUUGACAGAACUAUUUCUCUGUAUCUAGUGAUUGACGGUAUGCUUUAGCCUAUUCCAUGCCUUUGACUAUGACCUUUAUGUGAUGUUAUGACUUUUCAACAAUUUGAGUAUUCAAACUAGAAUCUUGCUGUUUGUAUGAUGACGUGCUCAUGCAAAUUCCCUGACUGUUGAAGCACCAGUAGUUGAUCCUUUUAUAUGUUUGUGGACAAUGGAGCAAACCAAGUUUCCAUAUAUGGACAUUGUUUUCCUAAAGUGUACAGCAAGUAGCCAGUAGCCACCAGUGCUUUAUAAUGAUAAUGGACAAAUGAAGCCAAACAAAUAAAUGCAUAGUGUGCAAGAAACGUAUUCUAUGCUUUUUAAAUGUAUUUUUUAUCUGUACUAUAUGUAUCAAUGAUUGUUUUGUGGGAAAUGUUGCACUUACGUCUGCAGGAGGUCACAUUGCAUUGUGCACAGUGCAAUGAAAUGGGUUGUGUGAGUUCUGUUACCCUGUUUCUUGUGUUUUUGUUAUAACUGUCACACUGAAAUAUAUGUUGUCUGCAUCAGCUGUAUGUUAAUAUUUGUUACGAAAGAUGUGAUGUCAGAUGAUGAUGUAAGAGGGAGUGGUUUUAAAAAAAAUAUGCAAUAAAAAAAUAAACAUUAAAUAAAA